CAAAAGAUUAUUAAUAAAUAUUUAUUUCACUACUGUCAAAAUAAAAAACAUGCAACGUCGAGGUUGCGCAAAAUUUCGUCUGUGAAAAACGGGGUCGGCCCUAAUAUAUCUAAAUUACAGCACCAAUCUGGGCAUGUUUUUUUUUGUAAGUAAAAGUGGGUAAGAAUAUGGAACAGUUGUUUCUCGUCGAAAUUUUCGUAGACUCGAUCUACUUCGCCAAUGCCGACAAUCUUCCUCAAAAGAAACAGAUUAAUAUCGUUGCUGCGUGGAGUAACAUUACCAGCUUAGAAAUACGUAACGAUGGUUUGGGAGGAUCAGAUGAAAGUUCCAAGUCGUUAGAAAUGGAAUUUGCAUCAGGAAAAUCGUAUUUGUUUUCAUGUACCGUUGAUAAGAUCUUAAAAUCAUUUGCGGCAUAUCCUUUAGAAUUAACACUAUUCAAAAAAGAUACUCCUUCACCUAUUGGAACUGCUUUAGUAAAUUGGCAAUCCGAUUUCGUUCAAAUGGUAGAUAGUUGCAAUGAUAAUACUGGUUAUAUAACUCCAGUUAGUUCAAGAGACACUUAUGUAAUGAAAGAUCCAGCCGAUGCCGAUGCAGGCACAAUUGAUGUUUUUAUUAGAUUAUCAUGUUUUGGAAACAGUAUCACAACGCAGUAUCAAAUCGUAAAACAAAAAGAUCCAAAAGACGGCCAAAUGAAAUCUGUGUAUUUGUACAAAAGCCCUAAUGCAGCUACAACAUUUCAAUGUCAAAGAUAUGGAAUGGGAACCUCAAUGGACAACAUACCAAUAGGACCUACUUUAAAUCCGACCGAAUUAGAUGAUAAACUUUUCAAAACAUUCUUCGCGGAACAAGGGAGACAAGUACCCGGUUCCGUAAUGCCAUCAGCUUUCAAUCUAGAACAAAUCAUUACUCAACGUUUCAAUAAAACUGUUGCUGACGACCAGAUGUCUUUAAUGUUCCGCAUGGAUAAUAACAAAUUUAUUACGUUAGCGGAUAUUUUAGGAUCAAGCACAUCGGGACUAAACGGGCUAGAACCAAUUCCAGAUGAAGAUUUGACUAUCGAGAACAUCAACAACAUGCUUUGCAACGACAAAGACUGUCCUGCUGCGAAACUCUUCAAAGAAUACGGAAUUGGCCCUUUAGCCACAGGUCAAGGCUUAGGAACUGUGUACGGCCAUGUAGUUCCUCCAACAACUUACGGAUUAAGUCACGCUAAUGGAACCAUGGAGAAUUACGGCCCGUUUGGUUUGUAUCGAAAACCUAAACAGCCGGAUCAAGAUUACGAACCAAGGAAAACGAAAAAAUCGAAAAGUAAAACUAGCAGUGUUGACUCUGGGGGAUCUUAUUGUUCGUGUCAGAAAAAAGUAAUUAGGUUAAGAGGCGGUGCAAUACCAGAAGGUAAUAAAGAAAACGAAUUAUCAAACGUUAACGUCGGCAAGAAAGGUGAUGGUACAAAGAAAAGCAAAAAGGAAUCAAAACACCCGAAGAAAAGUGUUAGUUCAUCCAGUGAUACUGUAAAUAAAGAUGUGUUACGUUUAAGAGGUGGUGGAUUCUCUAAGGAAGCUAAAAAUGUCAAUAAUGAAAAUGUAUGUCUCAAAAAGCUAAACCAAAAUAGAUUAAGAGGAGGAGGAUUAACCGAUGAAAAAGAAAAGGAAUUAAUGAGAAUUUAUAACGUAAAGGAACCAAAAAUAAUGAAAAACUUGAAGAAAAAGAUUAAAAAAUUUAAAAAAAGCGUACAAGAUUUGUCAAGUGAAAGUAUAACUAAAAAUAUAUUACGUCUAAAAGGGGGUGCUCCAAUGGAUGAUAAACAAUCAUCACCGCUACAAGCAUGCAAAAGCCUGAUGGAUAAUUUCGAUAAAUUAGUGGAUUCAUACAAAAAAGCGUUAGGUCCAUGCGGUCAAGCAACAUGUCCAUUCGCCCAGAACGUCAUCGAUGAAUCAUGCAAAGGAUUUUGUCCCAACGACCCAGAUAAUUGCCCCCAAAUCCCAGCGGAAAUUCUAGCUGCCAAAAAAGCUAAAGACGCCCUAAGUAUCUCUUCGUGUGGUACCAACACAUGUCCGUAUUCCAGACUUAUGCAACAACCUGUCGAACCAGAGGUAAAACGAAAACAAGUUGCCCCCGCUUGUGGGGAACCGACAUGUCCUUACACAAAAAGAAGAUUAGGAAUUAGUGAUGAAGACGUAGAUGAAGCGCUAAUUCAAAUGAGUAAAUUGCCUCCAAAUUGUGGUGCCCCAACUUGUCCCUAUAAAGUAGAGGAUCCUCUCCCUCCAAUUCAUUGGGAUUGUCCCGACCCAUUACCUAAAGAUCGUUGUAAAAAUCCGAAUUGUCCCAUUAAACAAGGUCAAGAUUUUGCCGAUAAAAUGUUUAAACCUGUAUCAGCUCCGUGCAAAGCUCCCAUGUGUCCCUAUGCGAUGCCACCUCCUUGCGAUGUACCAGGGUGUCCUUUUGGCCCGCCAAUACCUUGUCAAAUACCUGAUUGUCCAUUUAACACAAUUCCUCCGUGUACCGAUCCUAAUUGUCCAAUUAACGAAAAAAUACUUCAACAAGAUAAAGAAGUUUGUAACGAUCCAAGAUGUCCAUUAUUUAAAUCACCAUCAGGAGGUUCGAAAGAAUCUGGUCCUUGCGAUGAUCCCUCGUGUCCGUUUAGUGUAAAACCACCAAGUCCUCAAUUUAAAGAAGUGGAAAGUUGUCCUUGCGCAAACGGUUCAGGAGUAAAAACACCACCAGAAACGAAACCAACUCAACCAGAACCAUGUCCGUGUGCUGGUGGAAAAUCACCAAAUUCAGGAAAUAUAAUAGGAGAAGGAGAAUUAGUAACUGGAAAGUUAGAUAAAAUUGAACCGUGCACGCCAUUUUCGUGUAUGAAGACAGGUGGAAGUUUGGAGUGCAUGGAGUGCUCAGGAGGACAAGAUGCUCCAGUUGACAAUAAACCUCCUGAAGAAGUCAAACUCGAUAAAGUCGAACCGUGCGUCCCUACUACGUGUUUGGCUAAGAGUGGAAAUCUCGAAUGUAACACAUGCAAUCCUAAUAAAAAGGGUGUUGUAAGUGGAAAAAAGGAUACUCCUAGUAAAGCAGGUGGUGGCACCGGUGGAGGCACCGGUGGUGGCGCCGGUGGUGGCGCCGGUGGAGGCGCCGGUGGCGGUAACGGUCCAUCAACAAAAGCUAAAGCAAAAUCAAAAGACAAACCGGAUAAAAGGCCAGGAGGUGACGCCGACAGACCAAAACCAAAAAAACAAGGCAAGAGGAAAAACAAAUUUGCUUUAGAUAGUGGGGAUAAUUAUCCUGGCGUAAAAAUUGGUCAUCGAUAUUGCGUCACACCAACAUUAAACGUUCCACACAACAUGGGAUGGUUAUGGAAUAUAAGAGAACCUGGAAGGUUAAAGCCUAGAAGAGGGUGGAAACCCGGAGCAUUGACACAUACUAUGCUUGAAUUGAUAGAACGGCAUCGAGCCGCGUUAGGACUUAAAGCUUUAGUUCAAGCAACUCCGAGCAAACCAAAGAAAAAGCGUAAGAACGCUUUUGGAGUUUAUGAAUCUGACUCGGACGUCUCAGUUCCUCCUAAACCUACGCUUCAAAUAAAGAAAAAAGAUGGUUGUUACUUCAUAACAAUGAAUCCUUUGAAAGAUCCAUACAAACUGGAAGAAAAUGAAAGUCCAUACAUGGAUUGUACACCGAUGCAAUUUAAAAUAACCAAAAAUAAACCGCCCAUACAGAUUGAACCGGGCAUGGAAGAUGAAUUCUGUUACUGUAGUGAGGAUGAAAAGAGUUCCUCAGAUAGCGAAUUGGAUAUUGAAUUUACUCCUCCCGCUGGACUUAUCCAUCCAGAAAGGUUUAGGAAAAAGAAAAAUGUGGUUCAUCAAGAUACGCAAUAUGAUCCUAAAGACAUUCCAUCGGAUAAGCCUGAAGGUGGUGGAGGAAAGGGUAAAGGUAAAGGAAAGGGCGGUAAAGGCGGCAAAAAAGGAAAGAAAGGCAAGAAGUAGAUUUUCUAUUCGAGUAGAAUAUCACACGAUUAAAUAUCAAUCGAUUUGUAACCUUUUUGUAGUUUUGUUGUUUUGUAGUUUUGUCUUUGUGUAUGUUUGUGAUCGUUUUUAUUUUUUAUUUCUUAUCGGGAUUAAAAUAUCUAUCUGUUA